CCUUCUCUCUCUCUCUCUCUUCUUACUCUGUCUAUGCAUUUUCUCUCUCUUUUUUCUUUCUAAUAUUUCUUUUUCCUUCUGUCCCAACCAAAACUCAAAAGUCAGCGCCGUCCUUGUUUCUGCUCUCUCUCUUUCCUAACCCAUUUGCUCUCAGAGAGAAGCAAGAAAGAGUAGGUUAUAAUUUCUAGGUAGAUUUGGGAGGCUUGAUGGAUGAGGACUGGGAUCUGUUUGCUGUAGUGAGGGGUUGCAUUCCUGCCGCCAACACAGUCACCCCUCAAACCUACGUAAACACCACCGACGAUGCGCCUGAUAUUCAAAACGGCAGUAACUUUCAAAACCCUUUGGAUUGUUUGACCUUUAAUCAUGUCGAUGCUCCAUUUUCUUUUCCUGCUAUUGCUCUUGCUCAGCAGCCUACAAACAAUGGGUGGCUAGAAUUGCAAGAUUCUUACAUGCCUUUUUUGCCUACCACAAUUGAUCAGCCAAAUAUUCUUAGUUCCUCCAUUUCUGAUUUUUGUGGGUUUAGUGGCCAAAAUCAGCCACAACUUGCCCAACAAGAGCAACUGCAACUGCAACAUCAGCAACAGCUACCGCUACCCCCUCCCCCAUCCCCACCACCAUCUCUUCCACCACCACCACAGCCCCUCAACGUACCCUUAAGCCUCCGCUUCAACAAUAGCCCGCAACAGAGAAAAUUGCACCAACAGGGUUCUCAAAGGCCUGAGACAACUAACUCUGUCCAUCCUUUACGCAACACCCCAUCGCCGGCCAGAUCAAGAAAGAAGAAAAGCAAUAUGAAGAGGCAGGUAAUGCAAGUAACUGCCGAUAAUCUCUGUAAUGAUGUGUGGGCUUGGCGCAAGUACGGACAGAAACCCAUCAAAGGCUCUCCAUACCCAAGGAACUACUAUAGAUGCAGCAGCUCUAAAGGAUGUGCAGCGAGAAAGCAAGUAGAGAGGAGCAACACCGAUCCAAACAUGUUCGUCGUGAGUUACUCCGGCGAUCAUACCCACCCUCGUCCUACUCACCGGAAUUCGCUCGCCGGAAGUACCAGAAACAAGUUCCCCACCAUCCAAAAGCCUGACAUUAAGGAAACCGAGGAGCCAAGUGGUGAAAAGGCGCCGUGCUCGUCCCCACUUUCUGCAACAAGUCUUUCUCCAACAACCCCACUGUCAGUUUCUAUGGAGCACGAGCUGGCAGCGAAUGAGAACAUCGGGACAGAUGCUGGAAAUAUGGAUGGAGCUGACUUGCUGGAGGGCCAUGGAAUGGAAAGCGACGGUGACGGAGAGGGUGAUGGUGAUGGUGACGGUGACGGUGAUGGUUACAGUUACGAUGAUGAGGACGAUGAAGAUAUUCUGAUUCCCAAUAUGAUGUUAAAUGAAGAUAUAAUCAAGGGUUUGCAAGAGUUGGGUACUUUUGGUGAUGGUGCUUUUGGUUUUGGCAGCACUAAUAGUGGAGGCUUAGGUCGCAGCCCAGACUUUGGCGACAACUUCUCCUCUUGGGCGGUCGGUAGCUCCGCCGCAGUUGCUGGUGCCCGUGGCGGUGACUGAGACAAGCCUCUAAAAAAGCUGUUUCUUUUUCAAUAAGGAAAACGUAGGUUUCAGUAUAUUGUUCGAGGAUGCUUAUUUUCCUUUUGUUUUCGUAGGCAAUAGACAAACAAUAGAAACUAUAGGGUUUAAUGCAACCUUUUCUUUCUCGCCGGUAUAGAUAGAUGUACAGAGGGAUAGAUAGAAUCUUUUCCCUCUCCACCUAUAGCUUCUUUUUGUCUUUAAAUCUUUUUCUUUUCUCCUUUC